UUUCAAUUGCGUGUCGCCCGGACUGUAAACAAUGGCAUCUGCUAGCACAUAUAGGCUAAGUUGCUCCAUUCCGGGUCAUGAAAUGGACGUAAGGGGUCUUGCGACCGCAGUUUUCCCCGAGGGAGCCUUUGUGUCUGUUUCCAGAGACAGGACUGCAAGGGUCUGGGUACCAAAUUCUAGUCCAAAUGGAGGUUUCACAGAGAUGCACUGUAUGAACGGUCACACGAACUUUGUAUCCUGUGUGUGCAUCAUCGCGCCAAAUGAAACGUACCCUCGCGGACUCGUAGCUACCGGCGGCAAUGACAACAACAUCUGCGUCUUCUCACUGGAUAGGGCAGAGCCUCUGUUCACCUUGAAGGGACAUAAAAACACAGUGUGCGCGCUCUCGGCCGGAAAGUUUGGAACGUUGCUUAGCGGCUCUUGGGACACUACGGCCAAAGUUUGGCUCAAUGAAAAAUGUAUGAUGACCCUACAGGGCCACACAGCUGCAGUGUGGGCAGCUGUCAUCCUUCCCGAACAGGGCCUUAUGCUCACGGGAUCGGCCGAUAAGACCAUCAAACUGUGGAAGGCAGGGAGAUGUGAGAAAACAUUUACUGGUCAUGAAGACUGCGUGAGAGGACUGGCAGUAGUGAACGACGUAGAGUUUUUCUCCUGUAGUAACGAUGCCAGUAUCAGAAGGUGGAUGGUGACUGGGGAGUGUUUGCAGAUUUACUAUAGUCACACCAACUACAUAUACAGCUUGGCCGUCUUUCCCAACGGACAAGAUUUCGUGAGCACGGGGGAGGACCGGACGCUGAGGAUCUGGAAGAAGGGCGAGUGUUCUCAGACUAUCCGCCUGCCCUCUCAGUCUGUGUGGUGCUGCUGCGUUUUACCCAAUGGGGAUAUAGCAGUGGGUGCCAGCGAUGGCAUUAUCCGAGUCUUUACGGAGUGUGAGGACCGCGUGGCCAGUGCUCAGGAUCUCCAGGCCUUCGAAGACGAGUUGUCCAAAGCCACCAUCGACCCCAAGACCGGAGACCUGGGAGACAUCAAGAUCGAGGACCUCCCGGGACGGGAGCAUCUGAACGAACCCGGGAAUCGUGACGGUCAGACGCGGCUGAUAAAGGAGGACGGCCGUGUGGAGGCGUACCAGUGGAGCAUGAGUGACGGGCGCUGGAUGAAGAUCGGAGACGUGGUGGGCGGGUCCUCACAGCAGAGCUCAAAAAGGGUGAUGUAUGAGGGGAAGGAGUACGAUUUCGUCUUCACCAUCGACGUGAACGAGGGCGGCCCAUCAAUGAAGCUGCCCUACAACGUGACCGACGACCCCUGGCUCGCUGCCCACAACUUCCUGCAGAAGAACGACCUGAACCCCAUGUUCCUGGACCAGGUGGCCAACUUCAUCAUAGAAAACACUAAAGGCCAUACCCUGGGCCCCACCCCAGCCACGGUCUCCGACCCUUUCACAGGUUCUGGACGUUAUAUUCCUGGCUCUUCUGACAGAGGAGAAAAUUACGGGGGUGACCCCUUUACAGGUGCUGGGCGGUACAUACCUGGAUCUGGAUCUGCAGGUGCAGCACCUGUAGGCGUGGCUGAUCCUUUCACAGGUGGCAGUGCCUACUCCUCUGCCGCUCUCCAGAAGACCUCCACAAACAUUUACUUCCCCAAAACAGACGGAGUGACAUUCGAACAGGCCAAUGCUGCACAGAUCUUUGCUAAGCUGAAGGAGCUGAACGGCACCGCUCCACAGGAGCACCGGCUAAGUGAGGAGGCGCUGAACAACCUGGAGAAGCUCCUGCUGACAGUGUCCAACCUUAAAUCUCAGGAGCAGCCCACUGCAGAGCAGAUCAGCCUCCUGUGGAGGGCCUGCCACUGGCCCAAAGAUAUUGUUUUCCCUGUGCUGGACAUUCUGCGAUUGGCCGUGCGGCACCCGGAGGUCAACGCCCACUUGUGUGGCGGCACUGAAGGCGCCAGCCUGUGCAACCACCUCCUGAGCCUGCUGUCUCCUCAGGAACGGUCAGCCAAUCAAAUGCUGGCACUACGCACCCUCUGCAACUGCUUCACCAAUCAGCAUGGGCGACAGCUGCUGCUGGGCCAGCGGGAGGCGGUGCUGUCACGUGCCUCCGACCUCCGCACCGUCUGCAACAAGAACAUCCACGUCGCCCUGGCGACGCUGGUGCUCAACUAUGCCGGGCACCUUCACGGCAAGCCGUCGGAGCUGGAGGCCAAAGCCCAAUGCCUGUCCGUCGCCAGCGCUGCCCUGGAGGUGGUGCAGGACAAGGAGGCCAUCUUUCGGCUCCUGGUCGCCUUGGGAACCACAGUUUCCGGAGACGGCACGGCCAAAGACCUGGCACGGUCGCUGGGUGUCAGCUCGCAGAUUGCCAAAUACUCAACCGUCACGGAUCCGGCGAAAGUCGGCGAGUGCUGCCGGCUAGUUCUGGACGAACUCCAAUGACCUCCAACAUUUGAGGAGGCGGUCAUGUGAUCUUAAGCGAAGUACAUCGUCCUUCCAUCAGUCUGUCCCACCUGAACUGCACCCUCUUCCUCAUCCUCGCCCUCCACCACGUUCAGCAGUGAGACCACCCUCAUUCUGAUUCUCCUGCACUUACACAAAUACAGUUAGAUCCUAUUUAACUGCAUCUUUUUUUUGUUUGUUUUGUUUUGGUUUUUUUGCUCAGGCAAUGACUGAUUUGGAUUGAUGGCAUGAAAUUCUGUGAAUA